AUGGGGAAGCGUGGAGUGGCCUCGGGUGAGUCCCCGUGCUGGUGCCUGGGGCGAUGGAUGCUGGCCACCCGGGCCGGCAUCCAGACUGCGUCUAGUUGGGUCUCCACGGUGACACGGGACACCGUGAAUCUCGCUGGGGCCUCCAAAUGUUAUGCCGAGAAUCAGCGAGCCACGCGAUCGGCCGACAGAGCUUUGGAAAACUUCAGAGAUUUCCCCGUAGGCUUAACCGGCAGGAUAGGUGGCUUGUGUCCCAUUCCCACUUUGUACAUGAUCUGGAAGUUGUGCUCGUCUUCCAUCGAUGCCGCCCCACCCACACUGCACAAACACUCCUCCGAAAUGAACACCGAAUCCAUGAUCGCUUCUUACAACACUGAGGCUCGAGUGGCUGAGACUGCGGCCCAGGCCGAGGAGGAAAACAUCCUUUUAGACCCGAUGAUGUUAAGAUACUUGCUGCUCAGAUGGUGGAGAAAUCCCAAAUGCAACAGCACCUACUAUACCGCCUCGCUUCCCUCUGCUGGGGUCAAGUGCUGGAAUAACCACUGGAUAAUGACGACAAUAACGGAUCCCGCUAGUGACAAGAAAAUCAUUGGCCUGGAGGGAGAUGAGGACAUGAAACCUUUCCUUAUAAAUGUCACCCUGGCCACCACAGGGGGAUAUUUGUAUCAGAAAGCAGUGAGCAUUGAUGUGGCUCAGGAAGUCUGUUUCCUCUUCCAGUCUGGAGUAGGUAUCAUGGGGAACUCCCUUCUCAACAUGUUUUACCUCUCCUCAUUCCUCUUGGGUUCCAAACCAAAGCCCACAGACCUGGUCAUCAUUCACCUAGCUCUGGUCCACACCGUGAUGCUUCUUACCAGGUGGAUCACCAGAACAGCAGUAAUACUGCGGCUGCGGCUCAUACAGACCAAUGCUGAGUGUAAGCUGUUUGCCUAUGUCUGCCGCAUCACCCGGGGCCUCUCCAUCUGUACUACUUCUCUACUGAGCAUGGUCCAGGCCAUCACCAUCAGUCCUACCACCUCCUACCUGUUCCAGCUUAAGAUUCAGAUCCCAAACUUCAUCCUCCCGGUCUUAGCCAUCUUGUGGAUUCUGAACAUGCUGAUAAGCACCCAACGUUUGUACCAAGUGGUUGCUUCACAUAAUGCAACCACCAUUGCGAUCAAUUGUUAUACUAUGCCCUCAAACACACUCCUCCAGAGGCUGAUUGUCACCCUCAUGGCUCUCCGUGACAUCUUGUCUCUGGGGCUCAUGAGCUGCUCCAAUGGCUUCAUGGUCCUUCUUCUGCACCGACGCAGGCUCCAGGUCCAGCAUAUUCACAGUACCGGCCAAGCCCCUGAAACAUUACCAGAGAGACGAGCCACCAAAAUCAUUAUGCUGCUUGUGAGCUGCUUUGUAGUCUUGCACUGCGGAGACUUUGUCCUUUCCCUGUUUCGAGGGACAUACAUCAAGAAUAAUGUCACGCUCGUGAAUGCAAGCAUGUUUGUGGUAAAUGGACAUGCCACUAUCAGCCCCUUUGUCUUGCUCACCUGUGACACCAGAGUCAUCAAGUUCCUGGGUGAUUUUCUGGGGAAUAAGACCCGAAGGUCUUCUCAGACCAUGCUGCUAUCUGCCAUCCCACUUUGA